AUGUCAAAGAAGAUCACAGACAAGAUCGGCCUCACCAACAUCCAGCCCUCAUCCAUCUCCAACAACUAUGUUGAUUCUUUCUCACGAAUCCCUUAUCGUUUCAUUCCAGAUGUGAUGGUGCAAAUUGGAAACUUUUCUAUACCAACCGAGAUGAAAGAAAGUAGUCAUAGGUGGACUGUCCCUAAAGAUGGAGUUCUGGUGAGUGCUUGGUUAAACACCAACAAGGAUGCCGUUGUUGGGAAUGAACAAAAAGCUGGUGCUUUCUGGAAAUGGGUAGCAGCAUAUUAUGCUGCAAGUCCUACUAUGAAGGACCUUUCUCCGCGUGAGUGGAAUACAUGUAAGCAGAGGUGGGGGAUAAUCAAUGAAGCCGUCAAGAGGUUCUUUGGAUUCUACGAGCAGGCUGGACGUCAAAACACUAUCGGCCAGUCAAAGGAUGAUAUCUUCGAGAUGGCCUACAACUUCUAUUUCCGGGAUCAGAGGAGUAACUUCACCUACGAGCAUGUGUGGGGAAUGUUAAGAAAUUAUCAGAAUUAA